AUGGGCUGCUCGGUGGGCAUCUGUAGGGAACACAAAGUCAGAGAAACGAGAACGGGACUAACGUGUGAAUACUGCAACACGUACUGUGGUAACGAUUCAGGGUCGUACCUAGACUGUCUGGCUAUUAACCACGAUAGAGAAGUGUGGGGCUGGCCGCGAAGAGCUCGCACGCGCCCGUCCAAACAACAGCGCGACAGACUCAUAUCAGACCUGACUCGUACCACCAACUUCCGAGAAUCCGAGAUCAAACAUCUCUACAAACUCUUCCAAAAGGACUGUCCGAACGGCUUGCUGAAGGAGCAGCAGUUCGUGAGGUUCUAUGUGGAUUUCUUCCGCACCGGGUGCCGAGAGAAGAAGGCGACUCUCGCCAAGAGGAUUUUCCGCGCGUUCGAUCACGACGCGACGGGGACGGUGGACUUUCGCGAGUACGUCUGCGGGAUGAGCGCGCUCUUAAGGGGAUCUAAGGUGGAGAAACUUAAGUGGGCCUUCAGAAUGUACGAUCUGGACGGAAACGGAGAGGUCACGAAGAGAGAGCUGCUGAAUGUGUUGAUGUUGAUGAAUGAACUGCGGAACCCUGGCGCACCCGAAGAGGAGACCCGGCAAAUGGAGGUUCAACAGGAGGAACUCAUCACGGGAAUCUUCAACUCACUGGACAUCGACCACGACGGGAAGCUACAGCUCAAAGAGUUCGUCGAGGGAGUCCGCAGGAAGCCCGAACUCUUCAAAAUCCUAUAGGUGUUUGCAUUCACGUGACUAUGACGUAAGUACUGUCCGCCAUGUUGGGUGGUUAAAGCUGGAAGCUGCCAUGUAGAUUUCAAUGUGUAGUCGUAUAUUUUCAGUCAUGUAACGAUUAAAUACACAUUCUACACAUGUAAAUCGGUAGGCGUGAUUCAAGGUUCAACCAUCAAACCGC